UUUCUUUUCAUUUAUCCAGCUGACAUUCUUGAUUAAUAAUUAUUUUGAUCUUGCCUAUUUCUAUUUUUACUUUAUCAACCAAUAACAACGCGCUAUUACAGCAAAAGAAUUAAAAUUAAUCAGUGCAGCAUUGUAGAUACAUAUAUACAAAAGUAAAAAUUUAGUCUUUAAAUUACGAGUCGCAAAAAUGGAUUUCACAAGUUUUGCAAAGCCUAGUAAUGUGGACGGAAAUAAUGAAAAUAACUCCACGGAUUUACACUUUUGGAAACAUGUUGAAUAUAUUGAGAAUCAUGGAAAGGACCAAGACGAUUACGAAUACUGCAUGACCGAAUUUUUGCGUAUGUCAGGUAUAUAUUGGGGUGUGACAGCCUUAGAUAUAAUGAACCAGCUGGAUCGUUUGGAUCGUACAUCAAUAAUAGAUUUCAUACGUCGCUGCCAAUGUCCGGUUACAGGUGGCUUCGCGCCAUGUGAAGGUCACGACCCCCAUAUAUUAUACACACUUUCUGCCAUACAAAUUCUCUGCAUUUAUGACGCCUUAAAUGAAAUAGAUUGUGAAGCUGUUGUGCGCUACGUAAGUGGCUUACAACAAUUCGAUGGCAGCUUUUUUGGUGACAAAUGGGGUGAGGUGGAUACACGUUUUAGCUUUUGUGCUGUUGCCAUACUUACAUUAUUGGGACGCAUGGAGGGCACAAUUAAUGUAGAUCGUGCAAUCAAAUUCGUAAUGUCGUGUUGCAAUCAAACCGAUGGUGGCUUUGGUUCGAAACCGGGCGCCGAAUCACAUGCCGGCUUAAUAUACUGUUGUGUAGGCUUUCUUUCGCUAACACAAAGUUUACAUCUACUCGACGUCGAUAAGUUAGGCUGGUGGUUAUGCGAACGUCAACUCACAUCGGGUGGUCUAAAUGGACGACCAGAAAAACUGCCUGACGUCUGCUACUCAUGGUGGGUGCUCUCUUCAUUAACCAUUAUGGGACGUCUACAUUGGAUUAGCGCCGAAAAACUAAAACAAUUUAUACUAACGUGUCAAGACAGCGAAACUGGUGGUUUUGCUGAUCGCACUGGUAAUAUGCCUGAUAUCUUUCAUACACUUUUUGGCAUCGGUGCUCUUUCGAUAUUGGGCUUUGAAGGCCUCAAAGCGAUUAAUCCUACACUGUGUAUGCCACAAUAUGUAAUCGAUCGUUUGGGUAUCAAGCCGCAAAUAUUGUCAAAACCAUAAAAUGUAAAUGAUUUUCGGUAACAGCCAUAUUGCGCAAAGUUCUAAAAUAUUCUGUUAAGUCCAUAAAGUUUGCACAACUACAAAAAUAAGUUAUUAAAAUAAACUUUAAACUGUUUUAUUUUAUUAUUUGUUUAUAUUAAGUAUGAUGUAAAGAAAAUGUAAACUCCAAUUGCUUUAAUUUCUAUAUGAACCGUAUCAAAGAUAUGUAAUAUUAACUUUAUUUUUUGUUUGUCUAAACAGAUUUAGUAAAUGUAAUAGUCAAGAUAAAAUAAGAAAACAGAAUUAAAGACAUUUGUAUGAAAUAAGCGAUAAAAUGUACAAUAAUAAAGAAUAUAUGUAAUGGACACACGUAAA